GAAGGUUGUGAAUUUCACUUCCUCUCUGUUUGUGUGCAAAGGGGGACUUACAAACUGUAGUAAAGCAGGACCUUGUUGAGUUUGAGAGUGAGAGAAACUGAUCAAGGUGCUUUAUAAACAAGCAACAGCAAUUGCUUUCAUUUGGGUUUCUCUCCAUUUUUUUCCAUGGUGCUUUUGAAAGAUUUUUCUGUUCCGUUUUUAUGAUGUUCUCAACUGUAAACUUUAGCCCUUUGUGAUUAUUCUUUUCUGGUACCCAUAAAAUACAAAAAAUGAACCGUAAUCUAAUCAGAAUCCCAAUAGGAGAGGUUGCUAACUAUGUGGACAAGAAGGUAAAUUUGAUAGGCAUCGUUGUAGAAUUCUCUUUCCCUAGAAAGAGUAAUGGAACAGAUUUUGUUUCCAUAUUGAAGAUAGUGGAUCAGUCACCGCAGUCUCCAGAACUGUCUGCUAAUAUUUUCACCGAGAAAGUGGAGCAUCUCCCUGUCGUAAAGUCUCAUGGAGACUUGAUUUUCCUUCAAAACGUCACGAUUGAGAAGUAUGAUGACGGUGGGGUGGUAAAUGCCGUUUUCGACAAACGAUUUUCAUCAUUUGGUUUAUUUUGGGGAAGCUAUGCCGAUGAUAUCUUUUGUUAUCAAACUUUCAGAAGUUUUUCCCUGUCAUGGUCUGAAAGGAAUGAUUUAAUAAAUCUAAGAAAUUGGUGGCCCAAUGCUCACCUUGAUUCGGGAACAAAUGAAUACCUGGUAUCAGUGAAAGACAUCAACAAAGGUACCUAUUUUGAUCUAGUUUGCCAGGUUUUGCAUGUUUCAUAUGAUGUUUCCAGAGGCGUUUGGAUUUUGUUUGUGUGGGAUGGGACUGAUGCCCCUUUGUUAAGCUUAGAUCAAAAACUCAAGGAUGAAGAGAAGGAUCCACUUCCCCUGCAAGUUGAAUCAGUCCCUUUAGGCCGAGAUAUCCUUUGCAACUUUCAUCAUAUUGGAACAGUUUUAAGGGUGAUGGCUGAUGAAUGCCAUGAAAAUCUUUGCCCACAGUUUCAAGGUAUUGGCAAAUGGGUGAGAAUCCGCAACAUGAGUGGUAAAGUGUGGGCAGGGAUGUGGUAUGGUGCUUUGAAUCCUUCGUCUAAGGUUAGACUUCUCGCUGAUAAUGAUGGAAUUGUUGUGGAUUACAAAAGGAAAUUCAAAGAAAGAAAAUCAGAACGUGAUCGGUUGCCUUUAUGGAGUCCGAAUGACGACUUAACUGAGAUAGAAUAUGAUGAUGAGGGGGACAGCAUUCAGUUUAUGACAUUGAUGGAUGUUCUUACUCGCAAAAAGGAUGAUGACUUAUUUUACUGCAUUGUUCGUGUGGUAGCAAUCCAUCCAUAUGAACUGAAAGUCUUAUGUUCAUCUGAUGAAGGGGUGAUGAGAUUGACACUGGAGGACCCAACGGGGAGAAUUCAUGCGUAUUUACUUGGGGAAGACUUGGUGAAAUUUGUGAAUGGCAUGGCUCCUGAUGUGGUGAAUGGGAAGAUGAAGGAGUUACUGGGAGUGGCAGAGCAUGAGAGAAGGAUAGAAGAUGGUGAUUGUACAAGGUUUCCACCGUUUGUGAGAUGUUGCAUAGAUUCAGCAAAAGAUGAUGACGACGGGGACAUGUUUUAUAUAUGUAGGACGAGGCUGAAGAAGUAGCAGCAGCAGGCGGUGUUUGGUUGUUGCUUUCAUUUUGAUAUUGGCUGUCAUGUCUUGAUGUAGUAACAGCAAGGGAGGGGCAUAUUUUGUGAGCUCUAGGAAUGUUGGGUGCUCUUCUUACUAAUGCUUUUUUUGGUAGGAAGUGAUCGUGAUGUGGGAAUUUCCAUAUCAUAAAACUCUAUUAUGUUGUGUGUUUGUAGCUUCAGGAAAAGGAAGCCUUUCAUGAGUUACUAUUAGUGGUUUAUGUUGAUAUCAUAUCAUGUAUUUCGUCA